UAUGAGUUUACUGAAGAGCUGAAGCGCUUUGAAUGCUGUGAUUUGUCUUGUAACCUACAUCGCCAUUCAGGCGAGACAGCUUUCCCUGGAAGACGUAGAUGCAUAUCUAAGCCAAGCUGUUUGUGUCAGACUCAAAUCCUUCGGAGAAAUGCAACAGCUCAGGACCCCUGUUGUGGACCCUAGGGCCGUCCAGCUUGGCUCUCUCUUUGUGCAGGGUCUAACCUACCUCAUCGCAAGCCAACAGUGCUUGUGGUUUCCCUUUCCCAAUGGGUGAGCUCAUGCCGUGGAAGACCAUUGACGGCCUGCUCUUCCAUUCAAAGUAUCUGCAAGCCCACUCAGGCUGUCCGAAAGAGGCACUUCUUGAAGGAAAUUCCUCUGGGAUGUCUUUGUUCAUGUCCGUCACAGAGCUGGUGCUGGAAGCCUGCAGGAGGCGCGGCGUCCCCAUCCACAGCCUACAACACAGAGAUGCGAGACCCGUGGAGGCUGAUGAUCUGCUUCGAGAAAGAGGACACCAGCUCCAUCACAGCACACGGCAGGAGUUCAGACAGCAGCCCAGAGCUUCAGCACACUACCAGCACGGUUAUAGACCAAGACAUCCAAAGAGAGGAAGGUAUCACCUCGCACCACGAUGGCCCCAGUCUCAAAACUAAACAACACUGACUGAUGAGAAAUGAAUUACUAGGCUCUUGUGGAAACAAUUGUCACCCACAGAACAAAGCAUUUCAUUCUCAGAUGUGAAUGUUCAUGUCCAUGUUCCUGCUUGCCUUAAUUU